AUGCCUGAUACAGUAGAAUCCUCACAAAAAUCUCUCUUUCACCCUGCUUUUGGUGAUAACAUCAAAAAAUCCAUCCCCCUUUUUCUUGAUCAUAUAGAUGAUCAACAUACAUCCUGGAAGGAGCUAUUCAACAUCCAUGUAUAUGCAUAUAACGUCAUGGAUCACAUCAAACCCAAGUACCCUAGACCUGAUGAUAUAGACGAGACAACUUGGCUUCAUCUUGAUGUCAUUCCUGGUGCCACCGCUCAAGAACUAUGGGAUCAACUUGAAGAAAAUUUUCAAGACAACAAGGCCACUCGCUCCAUUUAUACUGAAGAAGAAUUCAAUUCCACUCAUUUGGAAUCUUUCUCCAACAUUUAUGACUACUCUUCUCGUCUCAAAAGUAUUUCUGAUCAACUGGAAAAUAUAGGUAAUCCCGUCUCUGAAACUAAGAUGGUACUUCAACUAAUUUCUAGUUUGUCAAAAAGUGAAUACGAUACUGUGGCAACCCUCAUACAACAAACUGAACCAUUGCCUAGCUUUAACAAAGCCACUUCUCAACUGAUACUUGAAGAAACCUGGCAUAAGAAUCAAUCGUCCCGCAUCCCUCAUGCCUUCAUCACCCAGAAAUCCACAGAGUCUUCCUCUGAUGCGAAACCUCCAACAUCAGACUCCAAUCUUGUCGGUCCUAACACAACUACUCGUGGUGGUCGGUGUACUUAUCGGAGACGAGGUGGACACGACAACAAUCGUGGAAGUGGCAGGUGUAGAGGGCGUUUCAACAACUCGGGUCCCUUUUCCUAUCAGUGGCCUUACAAGUGGUAG